UUAAAAGCAUUUACACUAAUACAUAUAUAUAUUUGUAUUGAAUAACAACCGUAUGAAUAAUCUAUGAGAAUAACUUUUUUUUAAGCACAUAUAAAGGAUAAUUAUACGUAAGAAUAUAAUAAAUAGAAAUGAAAUACAUACGCUUCAUUAAGUACCAUCAUAUCUGGUUUUGGUUAAUAGAUUAUUUUACAAUAAAAAUCUCUUUCGGUUGAACCUAAAUUCAUGUUAUUUUGUCAUUUUGACAUAAAAGUUGUCAUUGGUAUAAUUAAAAGUCAUAUUUCCUAAACAGAUUAUCACUAUUUAUAAUUAAUUCUAUAUUUCCAGGAUAUACAAAUUGGUUAAAUCGAUUUUGGAAGAAAUAUAGUUUCCUGGAUAUUUAAAUUCUUGAUUUAUUAGUUUUUAGUUUCCUGGAAAUACGCAAGUGUUUGAGGAUUUGAAUAUUUAAUUGAACGUAUAUAUACAUUUUUCGUUAAUAAUAUUAACUAUUAAAAGAGUUGAGCAAGAACAGGUACUGUUUAUUACCUACAUAUAUUGAUUUUAUAAUAUAGAAUUUGAAUGAAAUCUAGGAAUUAUUAUGGAAGUAAAGAAAAGCACUUUAGUAGAAAAAUUUUAUCCGGAACAGAGCAUUCAUAUGAAGUUAUAAUUCUUGAAAUUUUGUGUGUUAUUUAGACAACAUUCUCUUUAUGUUGUAUUCGGUUAAACAUUAUUUUAGCAUUAUAGUAAUUUUUUAAAGCAGAUAUUAAUUACUAUCAGUAUUCCAAUACGAGAAAAUAUCUAAUGUAAAUGCUACAAUAUUAUUACCUUUGAACAAAAUAAAUCCUGUAUUUACUUAACUAAGUCUUAUUUAGUAUAUAUUACUAAAUAUUCCUAAAAUAAGUCUUUAAUUAAAAAUUGAUUUCAAAACCUUUUUCUUUCAUAAACUAUUUAAUAGUCUGUUUUUAAUUCUCUCAUCUAAAAUU